AAGACAUCAUCAUAUGAGUGUAUGUCUGUAUAAAAAUUCGUUGUCAUAGCCUACAAUUAAAAAAAAAGUUAACGCUGUCAUUUUGUCAGAAAUGACAAUGUCUUUAUAGGUGCGCGAAAUAUGUUCAACUAACUUUUUGUGCUUUUAUUUCACAUUUUUUUAUUUAUUUUUUCGGUAAUUGCUUUACAACUCUGAGCACAAUGUCGUCGAGUAGUAGUAGCUCUGAAGAAAAAGUUGCACUGAUUCUAGCCCCGGUGGAGAUCGAGAGCUCCGGAGAGGAACCACCGAUGAGCGAGUGGUCUUCCUUAACCGUCUCCAUUCCAGAAGAAAACAAAAAAAAGGCACUGAUGGCCCAAGGUCUUUAUUCCCCCGGUAGUGGCGAGGUGUGUGCCAAAUACAUAACCAUGUCUGAUAGUGACGUGUUUAGACAUCACUAUUAUAAUUAUCCAGCUGUGCUGGAUCCAGGGAUCACGCAAGCUCUUCUAGUUCCAGAACAACCUGUCAUAUAUACAGAUGAUGGACAAGAUUUAUAUAAAGCGCUUUGUAAGGAAAUGGACACACACGUCGUAGGAUUGUUCCACGCUGGCCUUAUUACUGAAGAGAUUAAUAUCAGUUACUACGGUGUUAAUCCAUAUGCGGUCCGACCUAUGGCGAUGGCCCUUCAGUUCAAUAAAACUGUGCGUAGAGUUAAUCUUUCAAACAAUUUCCUGAAUGACGAUGCGUGCUUCCAUCUAUCACAAAUGUUAACUACUAACACUACAAUAAAAGAACUCAACUUGGAGGGAUGUCGCAUAGGAUCUUCGGGAAUAUUUCGCUUAGGAAGUACUCUAGCUGUGAACAGGAGUCUUGAAGUUCUUAACCUCUCAAAGAAUUGUUUGGGUGAAGAGGGGGGAAUACGUUUCGCUAGCCAGAUCGGUGACGGUGCAGGAGUUCCACGUAUCAUCCUAAGUAACAACGACCUUGGGAGACUUACAGCAUUCGCAUUCGCUGAGGCCUUAGAAUAUCGAAAUAAAAUUACACAUUUAGACUUGUCGUGGAACAAUUUUUUCCAUGCACCCUCUGCAGUUAAAAUGUUAGAACAGUUAUCAAAUAGUGAAGUGUUAGAAGAUAUUAAUCUAUCUUGGAACGCAUUAGAAGGAGAAAGAAUAGCCAGUGCCAUCCAAUCUCUUUUGUGUGUACCGACAUUAAGAGUGUUAAAUUUAAGUAAUAAUAGAUUCAAUGGCGAGGCAAUAAGACUAAUGAUUUCUAACCUCAUGAAAAGUAAAAAGUUGACAAUUUUCGAUUUAUCUUUUAAUCCCUUGAGUACAGUAGACGCCCAUGCUGUAUUGGAGAAGAUGUUAAGGCCUCGUGUGAAAAUAGAAACUCUUUUGAUGGAAGGAAUUUCUGUGGAGAAGACUUUCCUUGUACUAUUGGAGAAGGUGAUGAGGAUGAAAUCGCGUAAAAACUUUUCAAUAAAAUAUGGUAGAGUCCUCAGUAAUUGGACGAUCGAAGGCCCCAAUGUAAGAAAACUAAUAUUAGAAAGAGCAAAUUAUCUCGGGAUGAGAGAGAGAAAGCGACGUGUCGAUAUAGCUUUAUUCUUUUUGAGGAUUAAUAAGGAUUACACUAGGCAUAUACCAGUGAAGGUUCUCUUGGAUCGCAUAGAGCUGGAGAAUGUUCCGAUGGACGAGGAUUUAGUUAAUGAGAUGGCAGUUUUAUUUCCGGGACCAAAGAGUACGAAAACGAAAACAGUUAACAUCAAUGCCAUAUGUGAAUAUAUUCAUAGAAUUUGGCCGGAGAAAAAGUUGCCACCAACCCCGCCGCCUGAGCCCGAGCCAGAACCAGAGCCAGAGCCACCACCACCACCACCUCCACCAAAAGGAAAGAAAUCAAAAAAGAAAUAGCAACUUCCUUUUGAACAUAUUUUUACAUGUUUAUUUCGUAUAGAUUUAUUUUUUAACAUUUUGUUCUUAAAUAUUCAUAACGUAAUUUUUGGUAUCUAUAUUAAUAUGUUUAAUUUAUUGUUUUAUAUUUUAUAUUAACAUAUUCUUAAAUAAAAUUCACUGAA